AUGUCAGGAUCAGCCCCAGGGGAGCCUCAGACCUCCAACCCUCAGAGCACAGCUAGUGUUCCUGAUCCCGCUCCCGUUGCUGUUGGACCUGGAGGCUCAAGUGACGUUUCCUUUGGUGAGCAAAAUCUUAGCUUCACCACCACAGACGUCAGCCUUGUGGAGAUGAUGGAAAUUGAGUAUAGCCAGCUGCAGCGCAUGCUUUACUCACACACGGAGGCACAAGCUAGUGAAGGUGAAGUGGAAGCCAGGCUCAGUUCUUUCUCUGCACCUGGUAAUUCUGCAGACCCCUCUGUGCACCAGACCUCACAGAACACCAGUCAGGAGGGGUGUUCAUCAAACAGCUCUGGGAACCAGUCGGUUUACCCAGUUACCUGUCAGGCAGGAGUACCUUCUGACAGCAGUUUGCGAAGUUCAAACCCACGUUUGGGCUAUGCUGACAUUCAGGAGCUCAGAAUGUUGUUACUUGGCGAGUCUAACCUCCAAACAGAUAAAGCACCUAACAGUAGCUCUGUAGAAGUCCCAGGACACAGUUUAGUAAAAGUUAAACAUGAUGAAAAUUUUGCUGGGGCGAAUAAAGGAAACAUACUUGUUGAAAAUUCGGCACUGGCGCCAGAGCCUAGAUCUAAAUCUGCAGUCAGAGUUCGGUUGGAAGACAGAUUCAACAGCAUCCAGACAGAAAACCCCAGAUGUCAAGAUCCCCAAGAAUCUGGAGUAACUCGUAACAAUUUAGUAACGUUGAUUCGACAGCCGUCAGAACUGAUAGGUGUUCCUCUUCAUCAGCAAGAAAACAAGUGUGCUGUGUUAACAAAAAAUAAGACUGCAGCUGCCACCCCUGCUUUGCAGUUUGCAUACCCCUUAUUAACUAUGAACACGUGUUCCACUGCUGGGAGUGCUAAUCCUUUACAAGCACAGGCCUCUGCAACACCUUGCACUAUUUUGGAAGCUGCCAGACAUCAAGACCUUGGCAUACCCAAGGCAUUAUCCUUCUGCUAUCAGGAAAUUGAAUCCACAAAGCAGACAGUGGGUGCUAUGAAUAGAACUUUGCCUGAGGAAGUUUGGAUUAAAGUUGGAGACACCUUAUCCAAGCAAGUGAUCAACAAAAGAAGCUGCAGCCGAGUGAGCCCGUCAGAUCCAACCAUAGACCGCAAACCUCUGGCUGAGAUUCAGAACAUACCUGAGGACAUUCAGAGCACUGGGCCUGCCCAGGGCCCUUGGCAGGCAGCACAGCCAAGUUCAAGUCUGCAGGUGCAAAGUGGUUCACAGGAUGGAAUCACUCAGCGCAGAGAAAGACACAACCGCCUGGAGAGAGACAGGAGGCGCAGGAUCCGGAUCUGUUGUGAUGAGCUGAAUCUCCUCGUUCCCUUCUGUACUGUUGAUACUGACAAGGCAACUACUUUGCAAUGGACAACUGCAUUUCUCAAGUACAUCCAGGAAAGGCACGGGGAUUCUCUGAAACAGGAAUUUGAGACUGUGUUCUGUGGUAAAACAGGCAGGAGACUAAAAGUACCAAGAUCAGACUCAUUUGUAACGUGUCCAGUGCAGGAAAACACACAUGGCUACGGAGACCAAGUAGUCUGA